AUGUCGGUACUGCUCGCUUUUCUGUUAAUCUUCGCCAUGUUGGUGGAAGGCCUUCGCUCAGGCCCAGCCCCAGAGUAUGUUGUUUAUCCAAGACUCCUGGAAGCAAGAGGGAUCAACGGAGAAAAAAUCCUUCAAAUCUCUGAACAGCUUUCUCUCCGUCUAGAGAAAAGCUCUGCUAUCGCCGAAAAGUUAGUUGUGUCGAGUCUUAAUGGCGCUGAACAAGUAGAAACGAUUGUGGACGGAAAGGAGGUGGAAAAGAAUAUUUAUCACGAUAAAAAUCAGAUGGCAGCUGUGUCUCUGUCAGAGCAAAACGGAACUGUGCAAGUGACCGGGGCCUUGGGCCGCACAUUGAGGAUUGCUCCUCUGCCACUGAUGGGACGCUGUGAAGCUGGAUGCGGGGCACACAGAAUCUUUGAAAUUGAGGAGGCGGAGGAAUACAAAAAUGAUUUUAUAGCACCUGCAGAACGGAACGCCUUCGGGAGACGACCAAUCUAUCCGUCCACACAAAUUCCGAGCGUUUUCUUUGUCGAGGUGGCAAUGGUGUUCGAUCAGCACCACAGAAAGCAAUUUAAGACUAAAGAAAGCCUCUUGCAAUAUGCUGGACUCACUGUUCAAUUGAUCAACAUGCGAUAUGACGUCACUUCGGAUCCAAAAGUUCAAUUUGUUCUGGUUGCUGUUCUUGAGAUAUCAGGGAUUAAAACAGUUGUGGCUCAAGAUUAUGCCAAGCCGCCCGGCUACAAUAAAAGAUAUGUCCUUUUGCGACCAGCGUUGCUUAAGUUAGCCUGGAAAGUCAACACCGCAAGGAUCAAGUUUCCCGGAGACCUCGUCACCUUGGUUACAUCGCGUGACAUCGCAAGUCUUGAUGAAAAUGGCGUACUUUCCAGCGUUGUCCUGGGUGCUGCCUACAUUGGGCAACUGUGCAGAUUUUUACGUGUUGCCGCAACAGAAGAUAUGCCCCAUACAUUCAGCAUGGUCAGCAUUCUCACCCAUGAAUGGGGACACUUGCUUGGAAUGGUGCACGACGGUGACAAACCGGGGUAUUACACUCCUGCUUACAAAAAUCUUGUGUGCAACCCAAAAGAUGGCUACAUAAUGGCGCCACGUGCAAACGGCGCACGAAAUGGACAAUGGUCUGAGUGUUCCUUGGAUCAAUUGAAAGGGUUUGUUAGGACUCUGGAUCAAGCCUGCCUUGAUGUGAGGUCACAGACACGCUACAAUAUAAAUAUGACGGAACUCCCGGGAGCGAAAAUCACGAAGGAACAAUUGUGUCGCGACUCUUUUCCAGACUUCGGUCCUUUGAUUUACGUACCGGAUGAGAACAUCAGCAUACGCGUUCGUACCCCGGUCACAAAAGUAUGCGUCAACCUGUCUUGUCCACAGAAAGACCGGAAACCCUCUGAGUGCUACACAUGGUGCUGUUCUGAACGUUUCGGCACGUGCAUGGAAGUUGUGCUUGUGGACGGAAUGCAAUGCAAAGACGGACAUCAUUGUUUGAAGCAAAAAUGCGUCAAGAAGUAG